GCUGUAGGAAAGAUCUUCAAACUCCCAAAGAAGGCCGAUGGCACCUCUCUCGUACGUGGGAAGAUCCCUGGAGUGUCUAACGAAUCGAUAAAGGUAGAUGUGGUUUCCGAGUUUGGGAAGAAAUGGACGCGAGUCAUCACGUAAAAAACUUCCGCCCAAGUUCAAUCCCUCGUUUUUGAAUGUUCUGAUGGUUCCAAGUGCAAUAUAGACUGACAGCUGGUCGAUUCAUGCGCGAACUGGACGAGAUAGAAUCUUCCGAUUCGGAUUCGGAACCAGAGCCUACUACUACUCAAGUUGAAGAUCCAUCAACUUCCCACCAAUCGUUGGAAAGCUCUCUUGUCGCACAAGGAAGAAGAUUCGUUCUGACGGCAGACUCCUUUGACUCUACUACUACGCCGGCGCAAAGAGGGCGGGCAGUAGUAGGAGUAGGAGUAGUACGAUCCAUCCGCCCUCAAAUCAUCUUCCGUCUCACUCGCCUCGCUUCCGCCGUGUGCACGGCCGGCCCGGCGCCGGAGGGAUCCCAAGACGCAUCCAACGUGGACAAAAAGCGCGAUCUAUCCCGUAUUCUCAGACACGUGGACAAACUGAAAGCAUUGGGCAUCACGGUACUGCUAGACGAACAAGACGGUGAGAUCGGCGACCGAUUGGCAAACAUGAAAUUAGUCAAGACGCCCAUAUCGUUCUAUCACACUUUGAAAAUCAAUUUGGACCUGUCCGCGGUCGUCGCGCUGUGCUCGGAAAUCACGCAUAUGGGCCCACCGGAAAAUCCAAGUAUCGCCGAAGAAAGAUUUCGGCCUUGGCGACAAUUACUAUUGUCGGAUUCGGAUGGGGUGGAAGAGGCACUCGAUGAUGGUGGUGGUGAUGAUGAUGAUGGCGUAGAUAAUGGAGGGAAUUCAGUGGAGCAUGCCCGGUCGCUCAUAGCUCAGUCUAUCCAGGAAGCCAAGUUGCCGUUGCUCGAAGAAAUCCGUCAAAAGGCCAUAGAUGCGAUCGCUUUUCAUUCUGGACGUGGUGUUCCAUCGCCAAGUUCGUCCAAUUAUUCCGUCGGACCGUCAGAGAGGAGUCCAUCCAUAGAAUUCUGGACCACUCCCGAAGUUAAGCAUCGGGCAUUUGGCAUCGUGGAUAAAAUUGGAGGUCAAAACGAGCGCGCUCGUGCUCGCGCUCUCUUUGAAGCCCCAUCACCAAUUGAGGGAGAGGAGCACUGUGCCAGUGGGUCUCAAUCAUUCUGGACCAGCUCUCGCUACCCGAAAGAUUUUAUUCCUUCUUUGCAUGUACAACUGUUCCCUUCGGACGUUCCAGAGUCUUUCUACCUUUCUCCUGCUUCUCCGGACUCUGGUACUGUCGAAAGGGACGCCUCCGGGUCGGAGUUGAAGGGAGCAGAAUUUUGGACACACCUUGGUCGAACUGCCGCAUCAUUAGCAGGCUUACAUUCCGGUCAACCGAUAUCCAAUCCACUGGACAGUUCCCAACUUCCCUCGACCGAGUCACGUACUAAACCAAAUUCAAAGGGGUUGCGCUCAGCUAUCACAAAGCAUACCGCAUUGUCCUUUUUGUGGGGUAGCCAGAUGCACAUGACGACGGUGACUGCGAAUAGGGCCAGCGUGAAGGCUCUCCUCAGAGAAAUGGAUGCCACUGCGGAGCUCAAGCCGUUUACGAACCCUCUUGUCUCCGAGGAAGGAGGUGUAACAAGGGAGGAGAUUCGAGAGGAAGCGGCAAUAUGGAUCAUUCGACCUCGGUCAUUGGCAGAAGCGAGUGUGGUCACCCCUCCCCCGCCUAGGUCGCACGAUUUUACACGCCUAAUUUCGUAGACAUUUUCACAUGGUUGCUUUUAGUCUGCAUAGAUCGUGGUGCACAUGCAUAUAAUCGGACCGCGCUUCGAGCUCACAUUGACGACGAAACAAGGCACCUAGCGCGCUAGGGGAUCGAGAUGAUGGCGUGAAAAAGUAAACGCUGGAUAUGUGGGAUGCACAAGGCGUCCUGCUUCUGCUUCUGCUUCUGUUAAUUUGGCUCUUCUGAAUCGUGUCGCUGCAACUAAUUGCUUCGGUAUAACUAAAAUACAUGCAUGCGGCGGCAGCGCAAGCGC